AUGAUCGCGUCCUGGCGAAGGUCGUCGGACCCGCCCUUGACGAUCAUCUUAUGGGUUUCUCCGUUUGAAAGCACCAUUUUCACGAUCUUGGGCUGGCUGACUCCGGACGACGCGAUUGACACGGCAGGGUCCACGCGAGCAACAUGUACAGCUUCCUUGGUCAGCGUGAGACUCGGCGGCGGCAGCUGGAGCUGCGGGAACCGCUCUAUCCACCAGGACCCUGUUGCAAGUUUUUUAAACGAUAGAUUCUUGGUGCCUCGGACGCGCUCUUUGGCCAGACCGACACAGUUGGUGCUAAUCUCGUCAACUGCGCUCACCAUGACAGCAUGCUUGCGCGACAUGGCCCCAAACUGGUCCAGGAUCUCGCUUGCUACCUGGCUGCGAAACCGGAUAAACAGCUUGUUCAUUUCGGUGGUGCCGUUCACCAUGAAUUUAAGCAGAUACAGCACAUGCAGCGGCUUGUCCAGACAGAUUUUGAGGAUCAGCUGGCGCAGCAUGGAACCAAACCGGUCGUCUGUGUCUGUCAACCGCGAAGUGAGCUGGUUCAACCACGGGAUGAACUUGUCCGAAGAGAUCUCCAACAAGCUGUCUGAGAUGUCCACGUCCGGGUUCUCCAGCCACAGCCCACACAGCCGAUCGAUAUCCCUCGACUCGGUCGACACGCUCGACCGCACAGAGAGAAUGUAA